AUGGAAACCGGGGACAUUCAUCUCAUCAGCACCGAGCCGUACCAGUUCCUCGACACGUCCACCCAAUUCAUGUUCGGCGAGCCCAUCGGCUGUCUCCUGCAUCCUCAGCGCGCCAAACUUGCCUGGGCCAUGACGGAUGUGCUACGCGGCCUACGCUUCCGCCUGAUGAUGGUCAGGUUGCUCUGGCUCUUCCGGCACAAGGCGUGGUACGACGCCAUUGACGUCGUGCACGACUAUAUCAACCGCCACAUCGAUAAGGCGUAUGGAGACUUGGCCCGGAAGCAGGUAGCAGCCGAGGUCGCCAGCAGCGGGAAAGAAUCGACGGCUGUCGUCGAGGAGACACCCGAGAGGAAGGAUCUGCUCUGGUUCAUGGUCCCGCACUUUGGCGAGGACAGGGAGCGGCUCCGGUCCGAGAUGCUGGUCCUGUUCGCCCCCAACAACGACACAACUGCCAUUCUUAUUAGGAACGUAUUUUGCAACCUUGGUCGCCGCGCCGAUAUCUAUGCCAAAGUCCGGAAGGAGGUGAUGUCUCACGGCCCGGACGCACCUCUAACAUACGAGCGCCUGAGGUCGACGAAAUAUCUCGACGCCGUGCUGAACGAGACGCACCGGUUGUAUCCCAAGGGCGACGCUGUGCGGGCCGACAAGGUAAUCAUGUUCCGGGACAAGGACCUGUUGGGCGAGGACACCGAUGAGUUCAAGCCGGAACGCUGGUAUAAACUAUCUCCGUCCUGGAGUUUUAUGCCUUUUGGAGGUGGUCCCAGACGCUGUCCCGCGCAGACCAUGGCCACUGUUGAGGCGAGUUACUGCAUCGCGAGGUUUGCCCGCCGAUUCAAGGCCAUCGAGAAUCGGGAUGUCAACAGUUUUUACGUGCCAAUCAUUCGUGUCAGCCCUGUCCACAAGAACGGUGUCUAG